CAAUAUUUUGUUCUUUAUAAUUAUAGGAAAACCCAUGUCAACAUCCGACCAUAAUCCUAAAAGAUGUCGCACCAACGGAUGUUGCAUCCCUAUUGCGUUUCAUGUAUCACGGAGAAGUUAACAUUGGUCAAGAACAAUUGCCAGCUUUUUUGAAGACAGCACAAUCCCUUCAAGUUCGAGGGUUAGCUGAUGUAAAUAGUAGUAUUAUUACUGCCACAAUAACGACACAACCUUCCACGAGUGGUAACAAUUGCAGUGCACCUGCAACCCCACGUAAUGCUUGGCCAGAUAACGGAAGAGACCUUAACGAUGACGACUGUAGUCCACCACCAGAUAAAAGGUCUAGAAGUUAUAGUCCUCAAAGGGAUAAUAACACCGAACCUAAAACAGAUUUACAAGAAUCACUAUUGGGACAAGCCCUUGAAGGUGGACCAACGAUACAUACAGCACCAUCGAAUAACGUUCAGGCACAAUCGAUUGGCGAAGAUUCGAAUUCAUUGUCCGACAACGAAGAUAUAUCGAACAACGAAAGUAUCCUGAACUCGGUUAAAACUGAACCAAGCGAAUUAUUGAACGAUUCCUCGAUGGAGCAUCAUCGCAGUAAUUUUCCAGCCGCCCUAUUGAAUCUACAAGGAUUAAUGCCAGGACCAUCGGGAAUCCAUGCAUCAAAUCAGGAUCCAAAUUACGUUAUGCGACGAGCAAUGGAAGCAAAUCGUGUACGUGCAACUGAUCCAAGACCCUGUCCAAAAUGCGGAAAGAUAUAUAGAUCAGCUCAUACGUUGCGUACACAUUUGGAGGACAAGCAUACCAUUUGUCCAGGUUACAGAUGCGUAUUGUGCGGUACGGUUGCUAAAUCAAGGAAUUCGUUGCAUUCCCAUAUGUCGAGACAACACCGUGGAAUAAGUACGAAGGAUUUGCCAGUAAUACAAAUGCCUAGCCCGUUUAAUCCCGAAUUGGCGUCGCAAUUGUUAGAAAGGGCUGGUAUUAAAAUUAGCCCGGCUGAUUUGCGGGCCAGGGUAAGCCCGACCGGUCCCCGUAGGCCCGAAAUGAGAUUGGAGGUCCCAAGAGUUGGACCAUCUUCGGAGGCUGGUAGUAGUUUGUGCGGUGGUGACGAUCCGGAGGAUUUAACUUUGCCGUUAAGUUUAAGGUACGGUUCACCAACACCCAACAACAAUACCGUCAUCAAAGUGAAUUCGAUUAACAACACGUCUGCUAACAGAACUGCUACGCCAUCGUCAACAGUGGUAGCCGUUAAAUCGUUCAAAACUUCACCGGAUAAUCGUGAACCUAAUACUGCACCUAUACAUCCGACAUCAUCGGGACUUCAGCAUCGUUUGACCCAUCAACAGAAUCAAAGUGGAACCGGUUCUGUUUUACUCGAUACUUAUUUACAAAUGAUCGCGGAAAAUUCAUUGGGCCCAUUAGGAUUGACCCCUGAUUCGGCUGCAUUGGUUGCUGCAGCUCAUACUGCUAAAUUAACCUCGCACAUGAAUUCGGUAGAAAACAAAUUGGCAGGGCGUAGUAGUUUAGAGGAUUAUUCAUUAAACGAUAGGGACGAAAACAAUCCAGUGUCUGCCAUUGUUAACGAGGAAAGACAAAAUUGUUCUUCAAACAAUAGGCAUACCAUCGGUGGUGGUGCUGGUGGUAGUGGUAGUGCUGCUGCUGCUACUGUUGGUAUCAUUGAUGAUGCUGAAUUUUCACCUAACGAGGAUGAUUACAGCGACAACGAGGAAUCCGAAAUUAAUUCCAAAGCCGAACAGUAAACAUUUUUUCCCCCGUUCGUCGUUAUUAUAAAAAAAAAAAAAAAAAAAAAAAA